AACAGGUCUAGUCUUCUUAUAAAGCUCUGGUUUCUGCCUUUAGCUCGCUCUACAAGUUGUUAGCUGCGUGUAGGGUGUUGUUGGCGCCGAAUUCUUGCACAAGUUCCUGCUCGUGCACGCAGGUGUGAGUGCACUGAGGGUUAUGUGCAUGGUCAUAUCUCGUCAAGUUGUUUAUUUACCAAGUGAAAUAGUUUGACGGCAGUUGAGCAGACUUCUCUAGACCAGAUUUUUGUGCUCACACCAAGCUCAGCAAGCAAGGCGUGCAGACAACAUGGAGGAAACCAGACAAACUUUCAGCGACGUGCACAAGGCUAUUGGCGACUUCACCAAGGCUCUGCCAACCCAUCUGAAGUCAGGCCAACCCAGGCUGGUCGAGACCUUGACCCAGAUCUUGUCCUACCUGCCCCUGGAUGACCCAGCCUGGGACGACGAGGAGGUGGGUGAGCUAAAGACGGGGUGGGACGACCUCCAGGUGUGGAUGGAACUGAUUCUGGACAAGACGGGCGCCUUGAUCAAGGACUCAAGCAAGGACUGGUACUCCAAAACUAAAGAAGACUUGCAGUGGAAGCUAUUCUUGUUGCAUGCUGCUAUAGAAAAGAUGAAACCCUUUAACGAGAUUAGUGUUGUCAAAAUGCAAGUUCUGGCCUCCGGUAUUGGCGGCGGUAACCACUACAUUGGAGGUGAACAACGUAAGGCCAUCACUAGGGAGAGAAUCAACUGUGCAGUCAACCUACUGUAAAUAAAAAGUCUUGAAAUAAUCAAGAAGGCACUCACAGAAAAUGCAUCAUGAUUUGGCUGCAAAUGCAAACUAUGGACACUUUUACUAGUUUCCUUCUCUGCUUUUAUAUGUUGAAUAAAUACUUGUCAAAAAUACUUGUCAAAAAAUACU